CUCUCUUUCCAUUCUCACAGCGACAUGAAAACGACAACAAGCAAUAAAAUCUUGUGAUAAGGUAUGAUCGUAUCCAAGUCGAGAAUUUUGUUACUACAGUGUUGCUAGUAUUGUAAAAUCUUCUUUUAAAGCCCUAUUCCACCACCACCUACACAACAACAAUGACGCGCUUGCGUCUCAUCUUGUCACCUGUCUAUUAGACUUCUUCACCCGUAAGAAAGAAACCCCACAGUAGUUCUACCAGCAAAACAAUGGCCUUCCGCGGUUUUUCCUUCAACGCCGGCCCUGGCGGCGGAGACCACCAGCGGCCCAAGAUAAACCCCAGCUCGAUCCCCCAAGGGCCUGCAAUUGGACCGAUGGGACCCCCACCAGCACACGAUAGUGCUAUCAAAAGCAAAAAUCCCCCCUCCCCAUAUCGAAAAGGUAUGUUUCCGAAAAUUUGUGUUGCUGAUUUGAGGUCGCAAAUCGCAUUUGUAUUGCAAGAAGACAAGGGCAGAAGCUUCCGCCCCACUAUGGAAGCGAUUUGCCAUGCUGUUGGCCCUAAAAGUGACCCGCUUGCCAUGCUGCACAACUAGACCCAUACGGCCCUACCUAGCCUGGGGAUUUGGCCGCAGUGCCUCUCUGCAAUACAAACCUGAUUUGUGUACGUAAAUCCAGCAUCAGAAAUUCCGUUUUGAUAUGGGGAGGGGGGAUUUUUCCUUUCGAUAAGUGCAAUGCUAUCUUCGGGAUCGGGUGAUCCAAAUAACCUGUACAAUAAGAGACCUUCCCCCGAGGCUUUGAUGGCGCGAGAUUUACGAACGGAGCAGUGGGAGCCGGUGGCGAAAAAGAAAAAGAAGAAAGACGAUGAACCUGUAGCCGCGCCUCCGCCAGAGGAUGACGACGAUGACGACCCGUUGGCGGCUUUUAUGAAGCAAAAUGCAGCGGUAUUGGAGAAGGAAAAUGUCAUGAAGGCACAGAACCCGGGGAUGGCGAUGCAGACCAAAGGGGAAAUUUUAAAUGACAACAUGGAGGACGACGCCGUGGCGGAGUAUAAGAUAUAUCGUUUUCAUGCGUACGAGCGUACUAGGUAAUAUCCACUUUUCAUCCUCUGACGUCUUCCAUUUUAUUCUGUAACUGCAGCGGGGGCUCCUAUCAAUGUUUUAUUUCACUUCCCUAACAGCGCCCAAGAGCAGCUGGAAAAGGAGCUGGCGGAGGCACGCAAGAAGAAAAAACAGAAGGAGGGAAAAGACCAGAACCAAGACAAAGAAUCCCCGGACGACAUCGAUGAAGAGGGGCAGAAUGCGCUGAAACGCGGCGGAAUUAUAUCAUUUGUAAAAACGUCCCCACCUCCCCAGAGUCAAGAUGGGUAUUCUGCAACACAGAUCCAGAAGUUUUGGGAGUAACGCAUGACAAGUUUUUCUCUGUAGUGUAAUGCGGGUUAGCAAGGACAGCGGCAUCACAAAGCCAUCCUGGUAUCCUGUUUACAGCAUCACAAAUUGCAUAACACGAUUGAAAAUGCCUCUGCUCAUGGGGAUGCGCAUUAGAUAGUAAUUCUGCAUGACAAGUAGAACUCUGGGGUGGUGACGUUUUUACACAGGAUAAAUCAAGUUCGAUGUUUUGGAUACCAAUGUGGACCACAGCAAGAUAAAGUACCCGGAAUUUGAGAAGAACUUGUAUGACGAACACGACAGCGUGAAACAAAUGACGGAGGAGCAGGUAUAAAUUAGAGCAACUAUUGUGUUGCUGUUUAUAAGUUCUUUGUCAUGCACAAAUUGCAUGGAAAAUACAUUCUGUGUAGGAGCUUUUCAUCCACGUGUCAACAACAAACAACUACGUGCAAGAACUAAAAAUCAGAUACUGAAAAUCUCUACCAGGUUUCCUCCCUUCGCGACAAUUUAGAACUCCGCUGUCUGGGCCAGGACAUUCCCCGCCCGGUGUACAGCUUCGCGCAGUUUUCACUGGACGAACAGAUCAUGCAAGUGUUGCGGAAAAACGACUAUGAAACCCCGACCGCGAUCCAGUCCCAGGCUAUUCCGGUGGCGUUACAAGGUCGCGAUUUGAUCGGCACGGCUCAGACGGGCAGUGGGAAGACUCUCGCGUAUGUUUUGCCGAUGUUGACGCACUGUAUCUUCAACUGGGAGUCGAAUGGGAGCAAGGAGAUGCAGAACGCGGGGCCCAUGGCGUUGAUUUUAUGUCCCACCCAAGACUUGGCGAUUCAGAUCGAGAAGGAGAUCUACAAGUUCGGGAAGAAACAGCAACUCCGGUCCGUCACCUUAGCCGGGGGGCUGUCAAAGCAGGAACAGUGGAAGCAGUGCAAGAAGGGCUGCGACAUCGUGGUCGGAUCGCCGGGGAGAAUCAUGGAUUUGAUCAAGCAGAAGGCGAUCAGCUUAAUCCGAUGCAGUUUUUUAGUUUUGGACGAGGCGGAUCGCAUGUUUGAAAUGGGCUUCGAGAACCAGGUGACUUCUAUUAUAAAGAACUUGAACCCGAAGAAGCAAACCUUACUCUUCUCCGCCACUUUCCCGGCGAAAAUCGAGAUGCUGGCGCAGAAUUAUUUGAACAAAGCCAUUCGCGUGAUCGUCGGGAAAUCGAAGCAGGGGGAGGCGGCGGAUACGGUGGUGCAGAAACCUGUCGUCGUGGACGAUGACGAAGUGAAGACGAAAUUACAGUAUUUGGUAAAUUACCACUUCGGGGAGACGGUGAAGGGGACGAAGGAUUUGGAUUUACUAGAAAUGUCAAAGUCGAAAAAUCUGCUCGAGCGGAUGCAUGCGCAGGUGGACGAGACCAGGAAUUCGUGGUACGCGGAUGCAAAUCCGGUGGACGAUUUUGGAAACCCGCUCUUAGAUUCGAUGAACCUCCCCUUACGGACAGCAGUUGGCGCGGUCCAGCUGCAAAACGGGUUCGAAUCUGGGAAUUACGUGAUGAACCAAAACCCGCGCGCGCCGGUGCCGCUGCCGUCGGAGAGCAAGCCUGAUCCUGAAAAUCUUCCCGAAGAGGAGAAGCCACACGACUUGACCGCGUUGGACCAGCAGACCUUGAUUUUCACGAGGAGUAAGGAUCGGUGCGAAUUGCUGAAAAAGCUCCUCGAGCAGGAGAUGCAGCAGUUGACCCGGUUAGUCGGGGGGAAGAAGCAGCAGAAGAAGGAAUUCAAGCAGCACAACUUGCCGGUAAUUAGAUGCUUACACGGGGACAUGGAGCAGAGGGACCGAAUCGAGAUUCUGGGGAAGUACCGGAAACAGAAAAUCCAAGUUUUGAUCGCCACGGACGUGGCCGCUCGGGGCUUAGACAUCGCGGGCAUCAAAACCGUGAUUUGCUUCGACGGGGCGCAGAAACUGGAGACCCACACACACCGGAUCGGGCGGACUGGACGCGCGGGGUUGAUGGGGACGGCGUAUACUUUGCUGGUGGAGGGGAAGGACCAGAAGUUAGCCGCUUUCAUCGUAGAGGCGAUCAUGAAAAGGCAGCAAAGGGAGCAGGAACAGGAAAAAAUAGAACCAGGACAGCAAUUACCCAACAAGAAAAACAUGAUCCCAAAGGAAGUGAUGGACCUGGCCUUCCAGCACGCCCCCUUCGCUGCGCAUUUCCGGAAGAUGAAAAAGGAAAACGCGAAUUUCGGGAAAAAAAUCGUCGUCGACGAUGCGGGCAACGCGGAUGAUGCGGAAUUAGAGGAAAAAACGGAGUUUGAGCAGAUGAGCCAGUCGUUAGCGGACUCGGUGUUGAACCAGCAGCAAUCCAUGAUCUCCGCGAAAAAAACCGCGGGCGGAAUUUUCCAGUUGCAGGCCAAGCAGCGGGGGACGGUUGGGGUCGGGUUUACGGAAGACGGAGAUAAUACCAACAGCAAGAAACAUAUAAAACGCAUCACCCGGGAAGAACUCGAGACGCAUCGGAAGGAACAAGAUUUGAAGACGAAAAUCACGAUCACCUCCUUCAACCAGUCGGGGGAGCGGAAAACCGAGACCGCGGAACAGGCGUUACAUGGACAUCACGGAGCAACGAACCAGCAGAACAAGACUCACACAGUCGUCGUUUCCCCCGGCGGGACAGGGAAGACGAAUGACGAUUCCUCCGACAGCGAUGACAUUUACGCCCCGGGCGUGACAGCCGGGUCGAACAUCAUGAGUCACUACGCGAAUAUGGUUGGGCCGGCGAACAAUUCUAAAGGCGGGAAGAAAGGCGGGAAAAGCGGGAAGCCGGGGAUCAACCCCUUUUUCGCCGCGAAUCCCGGUGGUGCGGGGGGUGGAACUGGUGGGAAAGGAGGUAACAUGAAUCUGAAUGUGCUGCCAGUAUCUGGCUUCUCGGGUGGAAAUAAUGCGGGAAAUACAACUUCUACCGGAAUCACCAGUCGGAUAGUGCAGCAGCCAGGAACAGUUUCUGGGUACCACGCGCCGCCGCCACCGGUCAGUAAUAGUAUGCAGCAGCAAGCCGCAGCGGGGGGGUCUUUACCCGGACCGGCAGCCGCAGGGGGAAAUCAGCCGAGCCGGAAUAGGCCGGGGAAUGGGUACGACCAGAGCAGCAGUCGGAGUCGGGAGCAGGGUCGGGAAAGGGAACGGGAGCGAGACAGGGGAAGAGAUCGCGAUAGCAGAAGAAGGAGCCGGGGCGGCGAUAAUUACAAGCGAGAUGAUAGUAGAAGAAGGCGACGAUGAGUUAUGUGGUCGAAAAACUCACUUUCUCGACCAUCAUGAAGAAAGAAGCUAGAAAUAAAGACGGGCGAAAGAGAAAGUUCUUUUCAAAACUGAGAGUAUUCUAACGACACCUACAAGAACAAUCCG